AUGCGCGACACACCAUCCAAGUUCAUCGAGAUCCUCGAUCCCAAGGACUGCGAAAUGCGCAUGUCCGACUCCGACGUCCGGCUGGAAGACGUCCUCGCCGACCACGAGGCCACCAUAAGCCGCCCGCGCUCGUCCACGCAAUCCUCCAAAGCCCUCGAAAAACCACUCCUGGCGCGAACGAACUCCGCCUCUCCCACGCAGCGCUGGAAGCGCAUCAGCAAUAUCCUAGCCCAGCCGCGACGGAACUCCUAG